AGCAUCAGCAGCGAAUCUAUCGCUGGAAAAAUGGCGUCUGAUACAGGGAGAUACAGAAGCGCCGUUAGCAAAAGCAAAGAUCCUUCUGGCCUACUGAUAUCCGUCAUUAGGACCCUGUCCAGCAGCGAUGACGUGCAGGACCGGGAGACGGAGAAGGGACGCCUGGAGGAGGCCUUCGAGAAGUGCGACAGAGACCUGGACGAGCAGAUCGUCCAGCACUACACCGAGCUCACCACCGCCAUCAGAACCUACCAGAGCAUCACCGAGCGCAUCACCUGCUCCCGCAACAAGAUCAAGCAGGUGAAGGAAAACCUGCUGUCAUGCAAGAUGCUGCUGCACUGUAAGAGGGACGAGCUUAGGAAGCUGUGGAUCGAGGGGAUCGAGCACAAGCACGUCCUCAACCUGCUGGACGAGAUCGAGAACAUCAAGCAGGUCCCCCAGAAGCUGGAGACGUGCAUGGCCAGCAAGCACUACCUGCACGCAACCGACAUGCUGGUGUCAGCGGUGGAUGCCCUGGAGGGUCACCUGCUGCAGGUGGAGGGUCUGGGGGACCUGCGUCUAGAGCUGCACAGCAGGAAGCUGAACAUCCACCUGGUGCUGAUCGACGAGCUGCACAGACACCUCUACAUCAAGUCCACCAGCAGGCUGGGCCUUAAGAACAAGGAGAAGGGGCGGCCUGGACAGAGUUCUACGGCCAAAGACACAUCUCCGCUCCCCAUCACGGACGUGAGCAGUCUGUCCACCCCUCGAAAGCUGAUGGACUCUUCCCAGUUCAGCACCCCUGGCUCCAGCAGUGUGCGUGACCUGCAGACUCAGCAGGAUGCCCGUGAGGAUCUACCAGAGGUGGACCCAGAAGAGAACAGUGCAGAGUUCAUGGGCAUCCUUAUCAAGGGCCUGGCCAAGCUGAAGAAGAUCCCGGAGACGGUGAAGGCCAUCAUGGAGCGCCUGGAGCCGGAACUCAAACAGAUCCUCAAGAGAUCCACCACCCAGAUCGCCGACCACGCCUACCAGAGGGGAGAGAACCUGGCCAGCCAGCCACGGCUGCUGCUGGAGCUGCUGGAGCUGCUGUUUGACAAGUUCAACGCAGUGGCUCUCGCCCACAGCGUGGUGCUGGCCCAGCUGCAGCAGACAGCCGCCUCGCCCGCCGACGCCAUCAAGCUGUACGAGCAGGCCGACGUCUACGCCAAGAUCCAGACCGUGCUGCAGGUUCUGCUGAUGGACUAUCUGGACGUGAAGAACACUCGCAGCUCCACCGAGGCCUCCGCCCAGCUGUCCUACACCAGCACCGGGAGCGAGUUCGCCGCCUUCUUCGCCAAGAAGAAACCUCAACGGCCCAAGCAGUCUCUGUUCAAGUUUGAGUCGUCGUCUCACGCCAUCAGCAUGAGUGCCUACCUCCGAGAGCAGAGGAGAGAACUCUACAGCAAGAGUGGAGAACUCCAAGACAGGAUGACAGCCAGAGUCGCUCUAUCUGAAUACCCGCCUGGAAAGUUCAAGGGCACAGCUUGA